AUGGGUCAUACCUUUGUGUUCGUGCAUGGGAUAGUGGUAGCUCUACUAUCUAUUGUAGCUGCUACAAAUGGCACAAUACCCAUACAGAGUGUGCCAUUUACUGAUGUGGGUGUCAUCAAGAAGGAAGUGAGUGAAGCGGUGCCAUUUGACGUCAGAAGCGAAGAUCGAGGGCUUCAAAAAGCAUGGUGGAAGUUGAUUCAUGCGAAUCCCGAGAAAGUUUAUAAAAAGCUAAAGCUCCACAUAACAGAACAAGAUAUUUUCAAGCACCCCGAGCUGGAAUGGUUUGCCAACUAUAUGCAAAGAUAUUACGUGAAUCAGGACUCUGAUCUCUUAUUGGCUAAGAUGGUGGCAAAAUCUCAUAAGGAUGGUUCGCUGAUGAGAUAUAUCGAGGAAGCAAAAGUGCGAUACAAUACUCGAGACAAGACCGAUGAGCCGGAGGCGGCAACUUUUAUUCGCAACGUAGAAAGAAUCGAAGCUGGUUUGCAUAGAUACUGGGAACUCCAGCGCUACACAGUGAAGGAUUUGGUGGAUUUUUUUAUUCAAAGUGGUGAAUUAUCCAUGGAAAAUGUAAAACGAGCAUCACAUUUUUUAUUUAGAAAGAACUUGUUCACAGUUCUGAAAGCUUAUGCGAUUAAAACAAACGUGGAGGAUCCAGAAAAGGCUGUAGCUUUGGCUAUAGCGGAUCAAGUUGGCCUUGAUAAUAUGGCUUUGAUGAUCCAAGAGGCAGAUAAUCCCCUCGCAAUCAAAACUUUGACGAUCUUGUACGAAGAUUUAGAGUCAAAAAAGAAUAUGCUAUCAGACGUUUUUUAUCGACUUCAAUUGGGCAGCUUUGAGCUUGACAAGAAACAAUUUUUCAAUGCCCACAAAUUUUUUUCUUGA